GUCCUUUCUGUUAUAUUUUGGUUCAUUUGUCUAUGCUGAUUCUUCUUUUCUGUGAUAUUAAUAGAAAUUAAAUAAAAACUAAGAUAGCUAACUGAAUUAUAAAACCCAACAACAACAAUGAAACUUUUCUGUUUAUAUCUAUUCACCUUUUUAACAUCGUCAUACGCCUUCGUAACUGAUCCAUACUCUAAUGAUGGACAUCAUGGCUAUGAAUAUGAUUCAUAUUUUGAUAGCGAAUUCGACAAAGGUUUUCUUGGAUUUUAUGAUUACACAGAUGACUACAAGCCAAGAGAUCAUAACUAUUAUUAUUAUUAUGAUAACAUACCACAGAAUAAUGAAGGACAUGGAAGCAAAGGAGAAGGUGACGGAGGAAGAGGAGCAGCAGGAGCGGAAGGAGGAGCACAAAAUUCUGAAGGAAAUUCAAAUGGUCAUAAUAGUGAACAAGAUAAUCAAAAUCAUGGUCCUGGUCAACAUGAUCAUGACAACAGCCAUGGUGAGCAUAACCAUGACUAUUAUGAUGACUAUUAUUCCUAUCGACCAUCACCUCCUAAUCGCCAUUAUUAUCAUGAUAACUAUUAUUACGAUGAGUUAGAUGAUGAUGAUGAAAGCGAUGAAGAUGACGGUGAUCAACGUCACGGUAAUGCCCGAAAUAAUAAUGCAGGUCAGAAUAUGGGUAAUAAUAAUAAUAAUAGUGACAGUAGACCUCAUUCACCUCGACGACCUCGGUAUCGUGAUCGUUAUUUCUAUAGAUAUGACAAACAAGUUAAAGAAUUCGUAUUCGAUGGAAAACCGUUAUAUAUACCUAAAAGGCAAUAUCAUAAUUAUUACUAUUAUCCAGGAAUUUCUAAAACAGAAGGUUUUGGAAUUAUGGGUGAUGUACACGGGGAUCAAAUUAAUAAAACAGAUGGGAAAUAUGAUAGAUAUGGUAAUUACAUACCAGAUUAUCAAAAUGUGAAUGGUGGUCCACAUCCGCAAGGUGGAAACAAUGGUCCACGUCCACAAGGUGGAAACAAUGGUCCACGUCCACAAGGUGGAAACAAUGGUCCACAUUCUCAAGGUGGAAACAAUGGUCCACAUUCUCAAGGUGGAAACAAUGGUCCACGUCCACAAGGUGGAAACAAUGGUCCCAGAGGACAAGAUAAUCAUGAUAAUGGUGAUCAUAUUGGGGAAUCAGAUGAUCAUUUUGCAGGCAGUGAUGGUGCUGGUGCGAAUCAACAGACGGCAAUCAGUGGUGGGGGUGAUGGUGAAGGCAUGUCACAAGAAUUAAACAAAAAACCUGAAAGCCCAUCAAAUGAGAGAAAUAAACGACAAAGUAAAAAAAACAAAAAAAAGAAAAAGGGUGAUAAAAAGAAAGGCAAGAAGAACAAGAGAAAAUAUUAUCGUUACAACAAUAGAUAUGGUGAUUCAUAUGAUGACUAUGAUUCUUAUGAUUACUACUCAUAUGACAAUGAGAAAACGGAGGAAGACAAAGCAGAAGAUGGCGAUGAUUCCCGAGACGAUCAGACGACAGAUGGUGAUGAUUAAGAUUACAGACACUAAAUAUUUGAAGUCCGAUUUAAAGGUUGUGGC